AUGCGAUCUUGCUAUGAUUGACGUCCAAGCUCAGCGAGUAGGAGAAGCAGAAACCCCUGAGGGGCGUUUCCAGGAAGAGAGAGGUUACAUUUUCCUGUAAUGGCGGAGCAGACAGAGAGCGAGACUAUCGGGUUCAACGACAACAGAAUGGUGCAGCAGGCAGUACGGUUCCGGGGCCCUUCACCUGUGCCUGCCCAGAGCCCCGUGUUACGAGGCCCACCACCACUUCUGAGGCCACCGCCACCUCCUUUUGGUAUGAUGAGGGGACCCCCGCCACGACCACCAUUUGUACGUCCACCCUUUGACCCCAACAUGCCGCCCAUUCCACCACCUGGAGGCAUGCCUCCACCCAUUGGACCUCCUCAUCUCCAGAGACCUCCGUUUCUUCCCCCUCCCAUGGGGAACCUCCCACCUCCUCCAGGAAUGCUGUUUCCUCCCGGGAUGCCCCCUGUUCCUGCACCUGGAGCCCCUGCACUCAGCCCUGCAGAGGAGAUCUGGGUAGAAAACAAGACGCCAGAAGGAAAGGCAUAUUACUACAACGCCAGGACCAGAGAGUCAUCGUGGAGUAAACCAGAUGGUGUGAAGAUCAUCCAGCAGUCUGAACUCAACCCUCUUCUUGUCGCGGGGUCUCCGGGGCCGGGUCCAAGUGUUGGGGGGACUGCAGCUGCCAGCAGUGUUAACACUACAGCCAGCACAACAUCCGCAGCCUCCACGACUCAGGCCCUGUCCACAGCUUCCUCCCGGACACAUGCCUCCAGUCCAGAUGCCGCCUCCCUCUCCCCCUCCGUUACCAUGGCCGCCACUGUUGUAGCAGCCAUGUCCCCAGUGUCCUCGACUGUUGCUGUGUCUCCAGUCACUGUCGUAACUGUUUCCACGGUGCCCUCACCUGUUACGACGCUGCAGACCAUGCCAAUGCAGACCAUGCCAAUGCAGACCAUGCCUCUACAGUCCAUGCCACUGCUUCCUGCAGGCCUGUCUCAUAGUGUGGGCCAGCCCACUUCAAACAUACCUGCCUUCCCCCCUGUCAUGGUGCCUCCUUUCAGGGUGCCCUUGCCGGGCAUGCACAUCCCUCUACCAGGUGUAGCAAUGAUGCAGAUAGUAGGUGGACCCUGUUUAAAGGCAGGCCCCGGACCCAACGGUAAACACCAGCCGCUCGCGUCUCAGAUCUACAGUAGAUGGCAUGGCAUGCUUCCUGGCAUGGGCCCGCCUUUAGUUUCCAUGAUGCACCCACAGCUGGCCCUCUCGGCAGGUCCUAUCUCCAUGGCCGGAUCAAUGCAUCUCCCCGAGUGGUCAGAGUACAAAACAGCUGAUGGGAAAACGUACUACUACAACAACCGAACACUGGAGUCCACCUGGGAAAAACCACUGGCUAUUGUGGAAAAAGAAAAAGAAGCAGAAAGGAUCAAGCAGCGCCUGGCCCAGCAGGAAGCUGAGGCGAUUGAGAUGGAGAUGGAGGAGGAGAACAAAAUGGACCACGCUAAUCAUGAGAAAGAGGAGCUUAAAGAAGAAGAGAUGACGGAGGAGGAAAAAGCCGCUCUGAAAGCAAGACCAGUCGCCACCAACCCUAUCCCUGGCACGCCAUGGUGUGUGGUAUGGACGGGUGAUGAGCGAGUGUUCUUCUACAACCCCACAACACGGCUCUCCAUGUGGGACCGGCCCGAGGAGCUGGUUAGCCGAGCGGACGUCGACAAGCACAUCCAGGAGCCGCCGCACAAGAGAGGCCUGGAUGAUGGCAAGAAGACGGGUGUGGACAAACGCUCGCACACCGUCGGUGUCAAUAAGGAGGAGCCAGAAUUAACCAUUGCUAGUGAAGAAAAUCAAGAUGAGGAACCAACUAAAGCCAAAAAGAGAAAGAAGGAGGAGGUGAAGGAGGCAGACUCGGAGAAGGAAGCAGCGAUGGAGGCAGAGCUCAGAGCUGCCAGAGAACGAGCUGUAGUGCCGCUCGAGGCCCGGGUGAUCCAGUUCAGAGAAAUGCUGCUCGAGAGAGGGGUGUCUGCAUUCUCGACUUGGGACAAAGAGCUUCAUAAGAUUGUGUUUGACCCCCGUUACCUUCUGCUCAACCCGAAAGAGAGGAAACAGGUGUUUGAUCAGUAUGUGAAGACACGAGCGGAAGAGGAGAGGAAGGAGAAGAAGAACAAGCUGAUGCAGGCCAAAGACGAGUUCAGGAGGAUGAUGGAGGAGGCAAAGUUCACACCACGAACAACGUUUAGUGAAUUUGCAGUGAAGCACGGUCGAGACCCACGAUUUAAGACCAUAGAGAAGAUGAAGGACAGGGAGACCAUCUUUGUGGAAUUCAUCAACGCUAUAAGGAAGAGAGAGAAAGAAGACUCCAAGUCCAGAGGAGAGAAGGUGAAGCAAGACUUCUAUGAUCUCCUAAGUGAUCAGCACAUAGAGGUCGGCCACCGGUGGAGCAAAGUGAAAGAGAGGCUGGAGACUGACCCAAGAUACAAGUCGGUGGACAGCUCCGGACACAGAGAAGAACUUUUCAAACAGUACAUUGAUAAACAAGCCAAGAGCGUGGACCUCGACAAGGAGCGAGAUCUGGAGCGGCAGGCUCGUAUCGAGACCAGUCUCCGAGAGAGGGAGCGGGAGGUGCAGAAGGCUCGGUCAGAACAGACCAAAGAGAUCGACCGAGAGAGAGAGCAGCACAAAAGGGAGGAGGCCAUCCAGCAUUUCAAAGCUCUCAUGUGUGACAUGGUACGGUCCUCAGAUGCCACGUGGUCAGACACUCGGCGUAACCUGCGAAAAGAUCAUCGCUGGGAGUCGGCCUCGCUGCUAGAGCGAGAGGACAAGGAGAAGCUGUUUAACGAACACGUAGAAGCCCUGGCCAAGAAGAAGAAAGAACACUUCCGCCAGCUGCUAGAUGAGACCAGCAUGGUGAAAAGUAAAAAGGAGAUCACUCUGACAACCACAUGGAAGGAGGUGAAGAAGAUUAUCAAGGAGGACCCUCGCUGUAUUAAGUUCUCCUCCAGUGACAGAAAGAGACAACGGGAGUUUGAAGAUUACAUCAAAGACAAGUACAUCACAGCCAAGGCUGAUUUCAGAACCCUGCUGAAGGAGACAAAGUUCAUCACAUACAGGUCGAGAAAGCUGAUCCAGGAGUCUGAGCAGCAUCUGAAGGAUGUGGAGAAGAUCCUUCAGAACGACAAGCGGUACCUCAUCCUGGAGUGUGUCCCCGAGGAGCGCAAGAAGCUCAUCAUGUUCUACAUUGAAGACCUAGACCGCCGUGGCCCCCCUCCUCCCCCCACUGCCUCCGAGCCCACCCGACGCUCUACCAAGUGACCAAUACAUAAUCUUCUCGGCCGGUGCCCUCCCUUUGGCCAGAGCAUGAUCUCCCCCAAACUCACCCUGAACCCCGCUAUUCGGGCCCGCGGCUGGCCUACCAGUGUUAUUGCCGGGGCUCAUUUUGCUUAGAGACGUACCAUAGAGAUGAACGGUUAUGGUCUCUGUUAUGUUGCCUCUUAGCCCUGAAAUAGCCCUUUAUUUAAGGCCACAGCAGGGACCAGAGGUUACCUGAUCUCAAGGUGACCGUUGAGCCCUCACCUCUGACCGGCCACAUUAGAGGGAGAGGGAUAGUGAUACGUCUGCUGCCCGAGCAGCAAUUGAGGUGUAAGAUAGCUGAUGUAAAUGAAGAUAAGUGUGUGUUUGAGAAAGUGUGGGCACGUGUAUGUGUGUGUAUGUAUGUGUGUGCGUGUAUGCGUGCGUGCAUGUGUCUGAGGCGUCCUUAAGCCUUACAGCUCCACUUUGCCAGUCAUUGUUUCAGCGGCUCAGUGUGAAUGUUAGUUUCUGCUCAGUGGUUUACUCUGAUGUUGCAGCAAUUUCUUUGUUGAAUGAAAUAAAGGCAACUCCCACUGUUUUUCAA